UCCGCUCCUAUCUCCCGUUCCCUCCCCUGGCCAUGACAGAGACCCGUGAGCCAGCUGAGACUGGGGGCUAUGCCAGCUUGGAAGAAGACGACGAGGACCUCUCUCCAGGCCCUGAGCAUUCCUCUGACUCUGAAUACACUCUCUCAGAGCCGGACUCCGAAGAGGAAGAAGAUGAGGAGGAGGAGGAGGAGGAGGCCACUGAUGAUCCUGAAUAUGACCCCGGCUACAAGGUGAAGCAGCGCCUGGGGGGCGGCCGGGGGGGCCCAUCCCGCCGGGCCCCCCGUGCAGCCCAGCCCCCAGGCCCCCCAGCCCAGCCCUGCCAGCUCUGUGGCCGCUCACCCCUGGGGGAGGCCCCACCGGGCACCCCGCCUUGCCGGCUCUGCUGCCCUGCUACAGCCCCCCAGGAAGCUCCAGCCCCUGAAGGCAGGGCCCUUGGGGAGGAAGAGGAGGAGCCGCCUCGGGCUGGGGAGGGCCGACCAGCUGGGAGGGAGGAGGACGAGGAUGAGGACGAGGAGGAGGAGGGCACCUACCACUGCACAGAGUGUGAGGACUCCUUCGACAACCUCGGGGAGCUGCAUGGGCACUUCAUGCUGCAUGCCCGGGGCGAGGUGUAGGCAGGGACCCCCCCCCCCCAGGGAGCUUGGCAAGAGGGGCGGGGUGGGAGGAGGGGGCUGAGGAAACGGGGGUGAUCACAGCAGUCAUGGGGGACGGGGGUACCGCCGGUCUGUGUCGUCUUAGUGGUAGAUGUGUGAAGGCCAGAAUAAAAGCCAAAUUCUGUGUG